AUGACGCCCAUAGGGCGCAAAGUCACACACCUUCCAGAUCACCUCCCGCAUAAACUUGGUGUGUUUGGUGAGGUACUCUCGGCGGCGGCUGUGCCUCGGUCUGCCCACGUUCUUGGUUACUUUGUGGCCUCGUGGUGGCCCACGACCAUAGGUCAGGAUGACUCUAGACCACGGAAGAAGGCUGACAUUCCCCCAUUACCUACUGAGUUGCCACCAAUUAACAAUGUUCACCGAGACACUGUACGCGGCUGGUGCCAGCUGUUGAAACUGAGCACUAAGGGGCAGAAGGUGGAAAAUUAUCAGCGGAUCCUUCAAAGAUGUUUUCCACAUCAAAAGGAUACCAUAGGAGAAGGUGAAAAUACACGACUACAAAGAAAAUUAAAAGUGGACAAGGAGAAGAAAUCUAAGGAAAGGAACAGGUCCUCUGAGAAGAGUGGCCCUCCUAACCUGGCUCCUGCCCCUGAGAUGGAGACCUCCGUCCUGGACGGUACUCUCAUGAAGGUAGAGAAAACUAUUGUAGUGUCAACUUCCACCACAGAGGCUGGGAAAUCAUCAAAAGAGGCUGAAGAUCUUAAAUGGUGUUUAGUACAUGAGAAAUGUCUUCCUGGAAAUACAAAAGGUUGGACUCGACUGCAGUGCCAUCCUGGACAAGAGUGGGUCCCUGACAGACUGGACAAUGUGAUUGCUCUCUUCUUGACACCGGCCCUUGUUUGCACACCUCCACACAUGGAAGACAAUUUGCUGUGCCCCGUCUGUGUUCAGAGGAACAUUGUGUUAAUGAAAAGCCUCCAAUGUGAAUGA